UCAUCUGGAUAUUUUCUUUUAAGAAAAACACAUAAUGGAUACCGUGGCUGAGGAUUUUGCACGCUCAGAUGUUGAUCCUGAAAUGACAGUGUUGACACCUGACGACUUUACAGGAAUAAACUCAGAAGCUGGCGAUGAAGUCGAGAACCUUCGAAACAGUUUACGUGAGGUUGUCCAUGAUGAUAGCGUCCGCCCCAAGAUGCAAUGCCUGAUGAUGGACUCUUCCUUCUCGAUGGUAACAAUGCAGGGCGAGGACAGUGGAAUCGCUUGGGAGACGACCCCCAGUCGCUGCAAUACGCCGUGGGCAUCUGAAGCUGGAAACCAAUCCAUGGAUUUCAACUAUUCCUCUGCAGCAUACACUGCAACAGCCGGGUCACAUCCAGCUGGGAAGAUUAUCUUUGUCAUGGAUGAAGACUUGAUGUCAAGAAGGAAGAAACCCAAAGAGAGGGUGAGCGUGCCGAAAAGUAAGGAAAGUCAACAAGAGGCCCUUGGAGAAAGCUCUGACAACAUCUCAGGACGGCCAGAGUUGGUGGAGGUGUCUCAACCAAAUGUGAGACCUGAUGAUAUUGACCAGGAGGAGUUGAUCGACCCCCUUGAAGAUAAAGAGCAACAGCUUUUCAGUUUAGUGUCUGAAGGUUCAGAAAUCCUCAACAUUAUUGUUCCUCCUAAACUGGACACUGUGGAUGAAGAGGAGAGCAAAGAAAUGGUGGACAAUCUGUCGUAUCUGGAGGAGAGUCCUGUUGCUAAAGCCAGUCUGGAGAGUCAUGAUAAUGUCCCAGCAGAUGUAGAAGAAGAUAACCAGGAGAAGCCCUCUCCUCCUGCUGCUCCAGAUGCAGAUCCACCUGGGGCUCCAGUGGCCAGGCCUCCUCCAGUCAGAGGACCUGCUGGAAAUGUGGACUAUUUUGACGCGUUUGCUCUGAUUGACGCUCAGGCACCAGGAAGUCCCGCUGUAAUCUCGGAAGGACUGUUGGAACCAGAAGUGGAUGCUGCCAAUGAGAGCAAAGAAUUUGACAAUCCCGAGCCAUCUAAAGACACCUCUGCAAGUGUGCAUACCGACACGUCAGACUCUACAAGUGUGGUGGAAAUCACCAGUGAGCUUCUAGAUGAACUUUUCUAUGGUGGUACAGACAACUGUCUUUCAAAAAGUUUUGAUACAGCCGAAGGGGGUGGAGCAGCAAAGAGUGUUCCCUUGAGACUCCCCUCAAAAACAAGUGGUUCAAGUUUAUUUGGAAGCCAAGAAGACAUCCUGACUCCAAUUUUUCUGCCCGAGGGGCCUCCAAAAAUCAUUGACCCCAUUCUGCUGGAGGAACCCAAAGCCAUGGCGUUUCUUUACACAGACCUAUACGAGGAAGCACUUGGCACCCGUCAAAAAGAAGAGGACGCGGAAAGCCUGACUUCUGAGAAGUCCUUUCACAGCAGGCAUUCAGACCGAGAGGCCAGGGGGUACUUGGAGAAAUAUGUCCUCAUAGAUGAGACUCCUGUAGUGGAGGGGGAACCAGCUGACAAAGACAAGCAGCCGACUGAAGGAACUCGGAUUCUGACCCAAGAUCUGUAUGAUUUUGGGGACUUUGUGACCCAGCCUGAAACAUCGGAGAUGCCAAACUCAGAGGAGGAAAUCACUGACUUCUUCAGGUCCAGUGGCAAUUCAUCUCCAUGUGAUAUAGAGUCGUUUCCUCGUUCCCUUGAAGAAGAUGACACUCAAAAACCAACUAAGAGUAAAGCAACGGCACAGAAAACUGUACCAACAAAAGUCGCACAACCCCCAGUGGACCCACUUAGCAUUUCAAGCUUCGAGUUUCCCACAGAGGAACCAGACUGGGAAGUUACAGGCGAUCACCCAAUGGUCAUGGACGACAAAGAUAUCAGUGCACCUGACAGCAAGGAAGUGAAGAAACAGAACUCAGACAUAGGCAAACCAGUAGCUCCUCCUCGUAAAAAAUCUGCAUCUGCUCUGAAGGCAUGUCUAGAUCUCACACCUCUGACUCCAGCUGAUGUUGAAAUUCCAGAACAAGAGGAGGUUGGAAUAAAGGAGCAAAGGGAAGAGGAAAAAGAGACAGCAUCACCAGUUGAGACCGCAGACGAGGGCGACGGUGAUGGAGAGGAGACAAUACCAGUUUCCUUAGAUGUCACUGAAGCUGAAAAUCUAUUGGCCACAUCCUUGGAAAUGGACAUUUUACAAGAAAAUAAUGAAAUAACUAUCAGAGACAUGGAAACAGAAGGAGCCUUGAAUGAGACUGAAACAGCUGCGCAACAAACUGAAGCACAGGAGACGGAUGUUAAAUCAGGGGAAUUGGAUAAAUCAGAGAAACAACAAGAGAUUUCUGUUGAAGCUACUAAAAACAAAGGACAGUGUGUCAUACUUUAGUGUAACUUUAAGGUUAACUUCAUAGUGAUUUAUUCCCUAUCCAAUCUUAAAAGCUAAGUACAAUUAUGUAGUUUAGUCCUCUACGUUUUUGUAGUUCCGGGUGUACGUUGUACAAAUUUUCUAUCCUCUGUACAAUUUUUACAAUUAAGCCUGAUCUAAAAUUGUUUCUAUCACAGCAAUAAGUCGCCCUGUGGUUUUGCAUGCAAAGCCAAUCUCUCCAAGAGUAGCUCAUGAAUCAUAGUGUGACAGCAGAAGUUUGAGUCACGAGUGCACAUGAAAAGAGUGAGCGUGCAUGUGUGUGUGGUGUGUGUGUGGUGUGUGUGUGAGUGAGAUGUUAAGGAUGCACCUUCAGCUAUAAAUAGAUCUCUCCUGGCUGUUAACCCGACACCUCAUCCUAACUCGAGGUCUGUAAACAGUGUAGAAAACCAUGUGCUAACCUGCAGUCACAUGUUAGUCGGUGCUUUUGCCAUGUUACUCGUGAGUCUCUGGUGGUUAAUCUUGAAUGUUUGCCUUUUUUGUACAAAAUCUAUGCUACUACACUCCUUAUCCACAUAAAGAGAGAGUAUGACUUUCAGAGAAUAAU